CGCCGUGAUAAGACGGCAAUAAAAUAACAGCGUAUACCACUGGUGGCUGUCGUGACAACGCUGAUAGCGCGAUACGACUAGUGUUGACUUUGGAAGCUCGACGUGGACUUUUUCGUAUCACACUUUGUUCUCGCCGUGCUGUCAACGCAUCCGCCUUUGCAAGCAAACCACUGGCAGACAUGAGUUACGGAUACCCUCAGGCGCAUCACCAGUACCAACCACCGCCGCCACCCGGAUUUGCGCCUCCACAGCAGGCGCCGCCCCCCGCCUACCCCGGUUACCCGCAACCGUCGCCGGCACCCGUAGCGGAGCCCUACUUCGCAGCGUCGGCGCCAGUGGGCGACACGUACCAACCACCGCCGCCUCCCGGCCCCCAGCACUUGUACCCAACGCAGCAGCAGGCUGGCGGUUACUACGUGCCGCCUGCGCAGCCAACGACGGUGAUUGUGAAGGAGAAAGAGGACAGUUAUGCCAAGGACUGCUGCUUGUGUGCCCUGUGCAUGGGUUUGUGCUGCCUGUGCUGCCAGGACUGAGGCUGGAAGCACUCCGUGCACACACGCGUUUUACCACUGCGCGGUUUACAGGAAAUUGCGACCCGGUCUUCAAUUUUUCAAGAUGACGGCGGCGUUCGCAAAGUAAUCGUAUCUUUAACGUACGGCACUUGCGAAGGGCAAGAUGCUCAGAGAGCGCACUUGACACCUGACACUUCCAAAAAGAAAGAAAGAAAGAAAGAAAGAAAGAAAGAAAGGAAGAAAGGAAGAAAGAAAGGAAGUAAUUAUACACCGUGCGCUGGCUUCAAAGCGAAUCAACAAAAAACAGGCCACAGAUACACAAAGCUUUUCAGGAGCGCGUUCGUAAGAAAUGAGGAUAGGCAUCUGUGAUAGCAAAGGAAAUGAUAAUUAUAAGGCGUUGGUAAAGAACAAAGAGUUAUUAUCAAAUCUGCAACCCCCUUGUGUAUACUCUCUAACACUGUCUUUGGACUAUAGUAUAGCGCUUCUUCAAUCACCUAAUUUUUGCGUGCUUACAGACACCUUUGUAAUCGUGUUGUCCACUAAUGAAGAGGCGCUGACAAUUGCCGCUGCGUUGUCAUCUGUCUUCGUCCCUCUGGAAUGUAGUAAGAGAUUGCCCCAGAGGGAAAUGCGCUUUCUUCCUAGUGCGCUUGCCGCCCUCAAUUCCUGACCCCGGAAGGCACGUAGCCAGGAUUCCUGACCGGAGGCUGUGGGAGACGGCCAGGCAACAGUCAGAGGCGUGUGGGUAUGUUGCGUUCCUCGAUAAUUUAUUGCACCAGAGGCAGUGGCGUAACUAGGGGGAAGAGGGGGUGCAAGGUCUGAUCGGGCUUCAUCACCCCUCCCCCGAAUUUUUCCAGGUCGCUGGCCUGCUUCCUUUUAUGUCUGGCAUGUCGCCUAUAAACAAAGGCUUCUUCGAACGCCCGCCCCAGACAAGUACAGAAUGGUACACGCCUUCAGGCAGACCAAGGGCUUGCUCAAGGUAAUAGUUGUAUUAUUAUGCACCAAGCAUGGGAAACUUAUCUCUGCGCCCCCCCCCCCCAUAAAUGCAACUUUAUACCCCCCCCCCUCCCCGCCAAAAAAAAAAAAAAAAAAAAGAUCCUGGCUACGCGCCUGAUCCGAGGGUCCUGUUAUCAGUUCGCUGACUGAGAAAAAUUGAGACCGAGUGUGAAGAAUCGUUUUGGUUUAGUCUAUUUCAAGGCAAUUCCGGGUGAUUCGCUGUCGGCAAUCUUGAUUUUCGGCGAAAUGCAUAAAGCCGUGGAUCCUCCAUGAAGUUACGCUGAAAGAUGCAAGAAAAAGUCGUGAUUAGUUCCAUUUAAAGAGAAUGAAUCAUGGCGUCUGCAAAUUGAACAGUCGAAGAGAUGGAAACGCAAGAAGUAUGAUAAGAAAGAUGCAAAUUUAUAGGUCGGAAUUGAUGCGGAAAAGCAGAACCUCAGGCGAACGUCACUUCUGCUCAAUACCGUAGUCGAGGCAUCAAACGAAAGGAGAACCUGAACUGUCAAGUCCAUGACCAAAUCUGCGAAGUUGUAUUCAAUAUAUUCUUCCUAAAGGAGUGUUGGUACGACCAUUCCGACUUGUAUUUUUUUUUUCUUUGCGUCGAAUAAAGGUUUCAACUAGA